GAAACGCAUCUCAGAUAAUUGCAUUUUGCAGCACAGCACUUAUCGUGCUAUAUAAAAAGUAUUAUUUACAGAUUAGACGUUGAUAAGAUAUUAUAGCUGAUUUUCAUCAGGCUUUAAUAAAGACCGUUCGAUUGGCUUAGCAGUGAAUUUCUGUGCAUUAAACUGCAACAAGUGGAAUAUUUGAUUUUAAAUAAUCAAAACAGGGGAAGCAGCAAUCCUUUGUCAAACUGGACUACUUUGAAUUGGAGGACUCCGAUAAUUUCGCCAUGGAUUUCUGGGGAAUAUUUAUGUUUUUUCUGCUUACUUUCCUCAUCAUGAGUUGCUGCGGAUAUUGCUGUACCAGCAGACGCCAGGGUGCCGUUUUGUCCACGCCCGUGGUGGUGACCUCCGCCACGCACACGGCCCCCGGCGGAUAUCCGGUCACACAGCUGCCUCCGCCGGGCUAUCCGGCGGGCAAUGUCUACGUAGCUCCCGCUUCGUAUCCCGCUCAGACCACCGGCAAUGUGACCGUACAGAUGCCCAUGCCGAUGCCCCAACAGCAACAGUACCAGCAGAUGCCGAUGCCCGGCAUGCAAACGCACGGCGUGGCCUAUCCUCCGUAUCCUGGCGCCGGGGCUGCCAACAUGAACCCCCCGUCGUAUGACUUAGCCAUGGCCAAUCCGGGUCCCAGUGUCAUGCCCUCCGGCUAUGAGAAGCAGGCGCCAUACAAUCCCAACUUUGGCCAGUGAUUGCCAACUGUGAACUGAAUGAUUAACUAAAUUUGAGUCUUCUUUUCCGUGUCGAUAUAGCUUUUAUACUUUGCUGGAUAUAUUAGAUUCUUUACCUCGUCAAAACAUGUAUUUCCAAAAUGAACUCAAAAUUAGUCAACGAUUCAUUUCCCAGCGGCCGGUGGAAAACGAAAGUGAAAGCGAAUGCACAACGAGCCAUUUUUAUAUUCCUUGUGAUGUUUGUAAAUGUACAUAUAACUUAAGUGCAACCUAACUUUAAUUUAUACAUCUACAUUAAGAAACUCCAAAAACAAAACCAAACUGAACUACAUGAAGUGUUAAAUGUAAUAAACAAGUGAAGUGCACAUCAAAUACACCUGAAGCAUGUUUGUUUCGAUGUGCACUUACGCACAAAAACCAGAAA